AUGGCCAGCUCACCUCCGUCCCCGUUUCCCACAAGCCUCCCGAACCCAAAGAAGCGAGCAUCGGUGAGUUCACAGGCAUCGGCGCAAGGAGCGUCCAAAAGGCCGAAGCUGCAUCCUCUCAGACAAACGUCAUUUCCUGCUCAAGAUGCAAGUGGACGCUAUGGUCCCGCGGUCACCAGCGCCCGCUCCGAAACUGGUAGCGUCGCAAAUAGUCUCUUGUCCGGAGUGAGCGGUAAAGUCCCGGGCCGCGGAAGAGGAAGACCUCGAAAAUCACAACAAAUCAACGACGAAGAUGCUCGCUCUGCACGUCAGGCGCCAGCAGAUACAGCUAGCCAGGUUGAAAGUAGUUCACGAAAUGCCGGUCGCGGAACGAAGUCGGUGGUCAGCGCUCGCUCAGGUGCAGCUGAGCAGGAAGAGGAUGACGAAGGUGAUAUUGACGGCAUGUUUGAGACCAUGGAUGAGCAAGAGAGACGGCAAGCUGAAGAAGAGGAAACACGACAGGAGCAGCGCCGUGAGCGGCUGGCUGAUACACUUGACACAGACCAAUAUGCGCGAUACAAUCAGUGGCGGGCUCUUUCACUCAACCUCUCCACAGUGAGGCGGCUGGUCAAUUCUGUCGUUUCGCAGUCGGUCACGUCUGCUCCUCUGCAAGCAGUUAGAAUCUACGGCAAAUGGUUUGUGGGCGAGAUUGUGGAAAGGGCGCGUGAAGUGCAGAUCGAAUGGGCAAAGGCGUACGAGGAGACGCGAAAGGAGGAAUGGGAUCGCCGGCAGCAGGAGCUAGAGGACCGGGAGAAGAAGCAGAAGGAAGGCAACAUUUCCGAUCAACAGUUCCGGCUGUUGGCAACAGAGAUUGAGCGACUGAGGAGGGAAGUGGAGGAAUACAUACCAAAUCCACACAAGGGGGGGCUUUUGCCGGAUCACCUUCGAGAGGCUUUGCGGAGAUACAAGGCUGACGGUGAAGGCGGAGGUGUCGGAUUUGAAGGGUCGAGCCACGGUCUACUGGGAGUGCAGGGGCCGGUGGCCUGGACAGUUGGCGAUGGUGCGUCUGGCCGACGACUCUUGAGAUAG